AUGUCCUUCAGCAUCCCAAAAACGCCAGAGGUCAAAAUGAAAAUCAAGGAAGCAGAGAACAGCGGUGUUGUAAUAUUUGUAGCAGCAUCAAACAAUAACGUAAAUCCUGGCCAAUCCUUCUCGGCAACUCUGGACACCGUUUUGUGUAUUCACGCAACCGACGGCAAGGGCAACAAAGGCAGCAUGAACCCCGAGCCAGAAUCCCAUCGAGACAACAACAGUGUACUGGGCGUGACGGUCCCGUCCGCAUGGGAUAAUGGCGUUUAUCUCUCUGGGCCGUCAUCUGCCACCCCCGUAGCUGCUGGCAUGACCGCCGUGGCCCUCGGCUUCAUAAAGGCAACCGUUCCGGCUAGUAAAAUGCCAACGGGUAGUAUAGAGGAAUCUUUUGAUCGUCAGGGGAUGAAGAAUAUUCAACUAGCAAUGAAUAUGUUAAGGGAUGGGUACAAUUGCAUUGUUCCCUGGUGCGAAUUUUAG